UGAAUUUUAUUCUGCCGUCCCUCGCGAACUUCAUCUAUACCAACUCAACCAUGAUCUGAUAAGUCCAAUCCAAUAUAAAUCCAUACCCCAGCCAUACACUCCCUUACAUGCCUACGAAUACAAUCAACCAGGCCUCAGCCGGUGAUCCGAAAAGAAGGCCAAAGAUCAAUGGAUUCCUUCUCUUUCGCAGCUCAUGCGAAGAAGAGCGAGGCCGAGGAAAUAGCUUAUCGCCGAAAAACUCGCCUCCGUAUCGCCAUCAUCGUCAUCUCCACCAUCCUCCUCUUCCUAAUCUUCGCCGGCGUCUCCACCAUGCUCAUCUCCAACAGCAUCAGCACCAAAUCCGGCCAAAAUAUGCUGAACUCGACAACAUUCGAUUCCUUAAAGGUCGUUUGCUCGAACACCCUGUAUCCCGACUCCUGCUAUUCCAGCAUCUCCUCUGCUCGCCCGCCGAAUUCCACCGCCAACAACCCGGUGGAUAUCUUUAAGCUUUCCGUUCAGGUGGCCCUCGCGGCUGUCUCUGAAGUUGCCGCUUUCUCCGAUCAUCUUUAUACUAGCUCGGUCAAUCCUGCAGUUAAGGCGGCACUGCUAGACUGCAAGGAGCUGUUUGGAAGCGCCGCGGGCCAUCUGAACGAAUCUUUGGCAAUCCUUCAUGAGGCUGCGAAUGCGAACGACAUCAGGACGCUGCUCAGCGGGGCGGUCGCCGACCUGUCGACCUGUACUGAAGCCGCUACGGUGAACGCUACUGAGUACACAAGCACCAGCCUCGCCAUCGCAACCAAAUAUGGGAGUUACAUUAACUUAAUGAAAAUUAAACAAUUCAACAACCGGAAGCUUUUGGUCGCAUCUGAAGAACUUCCUCCAUUGUUCGCUUCGCCGGAAGGAAAGCUGAAGGCUAACGUGACGGUGGCGAAGGAUGGAACAGGGAAUUUCCAGAGCAUAGGAGCGGCCAUGGAGAAGGUGCCGGAAAAGAGCUCGAUACCAUUCGUGAUUUAUGUGAAGGAAGGUGUGUAUGAGGAGUAUGUAUUGGUGUCGAGCAGUAAGUGGAACGUCGUCAUGCUCGGUGACGGCAUGAAUAGAACCAUCAUCACCGGCAGCCGGAACAGAGUCGACGGCAGCACAGCUUACAAGUCUGCGACUUUCACUGUCGAGGGGAGAGGAUUCAUUGCAAUGGACAUGUCCUUCAGGAACACCGCCGGCCCGGAAAAGAGCGAAGCUGCCGCACUCCUCUCCAAAUCAGAUCGGUCUAUCUUCCUCCGCUGUUCCUUCCAAGCCUUCCACAACACCCUCUAUCCCCAUUCCCUCCGCCAAAUCUAUCUUAACUCUGAUAUCACCGGCUCCAUUGAUUUCAUCAUCGGCGACGGCGCCGUUGUCUUCCAGAACUGCACCAUAAGGCCCACACAACCAAUCUCCGGCCAGACUAACACCAUCACCGCUCAGGCUCGGUCCGACCCGAACCAAAACACUGGAACGGUGAUCCAAAGUUGCGUCAUUUCGCCGUUCGGCGAUUUGUCGGCUCCGACGACAUUUCUUGGCCGGCCGGGGAAAAAUUACUCGAGGACGGUGGUGAUGAUGACGGAGAUAGGAAGGGUGGUGAAGCCGGAGGGAUGGACGGAGAUGAUUCCCGGCAUGAUGCCGCCGGACUCGAUAUUUUUCGGUGAGUAUCGGAACAGUGGGAAUGGGUCGGACUUGGCCGGAAGAGUUGGCUGGCGCGGUUACAAGCCUAAAAUGAGUGAUGCAGAGGCGGAGGAGUUUUCCGUGGAUUCGUUCAUCCAAGGGAAUAGGUGGAUUAAUGUCUAGCAGAUGCCACCUAAUUCUUAGGUAUUCACAAAUCUGACGCUUAUAUUUUAAUUUUCAUAUUUGU